UUCUUUUCCUCCAUACCUUCUCAUUCUUUAGUGAUCCAAAGAUGGUCUGUCUUCUGAGGAUUCCUGACAUUCCUAAAUUCCCCAGGCUCAGGUACCCUCCUGGACCAGAGGAGAGUGGCUUGUACCUUGUUUCUCCCCUCCCCCAGAUUUGCUGGUAGAGGGCAUUGGGCCACUCCUAUACUUGAGUCACAGCAGAGCGCUAGGCGGGUCUGCUCAGAGCUGGAGCUGUUUCUGCUAAAAGCUGAGAGCCAAGCUGGGCUGCUUAAUCCGAUUACCUGAGGCCUGGGGCUUGGGCUGGGCUUGGGCAGAGUAGAGAACAGGGUAUCCUCAUGCCAGCCUCUGGAACCCCAGUGUCCAGCUGCCAUUCCUUGUCAUUGUUCUGGUCUGGCUCCAAGCAUUUUCUCCAGCAUCCACAUCACAGACCUCAGCUCUGGGGAAUUGUCCUGGGUUUCCUAUUUCCCCACUCCUGACUUGUAGGUUGGGAGAUAAAACAUGGCUUAAUUCAAUGGCUGUGGAGAAAUCUAAGGUUUGGAAGCUGGAGUUGGGAGGGCUUACAUUUUUCUCACCUGGGGAAAGGGGUUGAAUCAACUCCCAAGCACCUGCUGGAAUGACUCAGGAAACAAAAAUGGCCUACCUCCCUCAGCCUGACUUUCUUGCCCCAGGGCCAGGUCGGGGUUUGAGGAGCUAUUGUCACCAUUGAGGGAGUUGGGGUGGGAGGUGGAUGUUCCAAGUUCCUCCCAGAACAACUGACCCUGAGGGCAUUUGAUCCUUAGAUGGAAAGGAAUUGGCUUUAAAUUGCCAAAGUUUAAGAAGGGAGGAGAGACAUCCUAGCAACUGGGGCUGGAAGGCUUGACAUCUAGGUCUUGGGUGGGGAGAGGGUGUGGUACCCUGAGGGGGAAUGUUGGGGGCCAAGACACAGGACACCUGGGUUUGCCUAAGGGGGAGGAGGUUGUGUUGGCGCCCUUAAGGAAGCAGAGUCUUGUGGGAGGGACUGAGGAGUCAGCCUUUAAAAGUUAUUCCCGGUCUGGUACGCCAGCUACAGACGUUGAUCCCAGGUGGGAGAAGUCUGUGGCGUCUGCCUGGCAGCUGCGGAGACAACGGUUUACCGCCACCACUAAAGGUCGGUCCGGUGGCACCUGUGGGUAGGGAGAGAGGGAUGGGGGUCUGCUAGUUGGUAGACCUCAAGGCAAGAAGAUAAGGAGAACACAACCUCUCCAGCACUGGGCACCAGACGCAUUGGAUUUUACUAUUUGAUUGUCUCCAAAGUGUGCCCAAUUAGUUGGAAGCAAAGGCUCUGUUUUACAGUCUGGACUUGGGGAUGAUAGAUACUUUUUAAAGACGUUGAGUUCCUCCGCAACGACUCCAGACUGGGAAGACACUUGCAUUUUCAGGGUUGCUGCUUCAUUUUGAGGGGAGGGCAUUCAGAACGCCCUCUUAAAACUUACUCCACCCCAUGGCGCUAGCCGGCUCCUCAGAGGACCAGGCUUGGAGUGUGGAGGCCCUGGCUUCCACGGCCACUGCCUCCUCGUCUUCGGGACCCCAGCAGCCGGAGGACGCUGGAAGCCCCAUGGUCCCCGGGGGACUCCCCCUGGAGAAGGUGAAACGACCCAUGAACGCAUUCAUGGUAUGGAGCUCCGCCCAGCGCCGCCAGAUGGCGCAGCAGAACCCCAAGAUGCACAACUCAGAGAUCUCCAAGCGCCUGGGCGCGCAGUGGAAGCUGCUGGGCGAGGACGAGAAGCGGCCCUUCGUGGAGGAGGCCAAGAGGCUCCGUGCACGGCACCUGCGCGACUAUCCCGACUACAAGUACCGACCUCGACGCAAGGCCAAGAGCUCGUGCGCUGGAACUCCCCACUUCAGCCAGGGAAGAGGUAGUCUGGCCAGCAGCGGCCCCCUCUGGGGGCCGGUGUACGCGACCAUGCAAGCUAGCAGAGGCUUCGGAUACAGACCACCCAACUACCCGACAGCCUACCUGCCCGGCAACUACGGCUCUUCCCACUGUAAACCUGAGGCCCCGUCAUCGACAUGCUCCCUCUCUCAGAGUGACCCUAAGCUCCAGGGGGAGCUGCUUCCUCCCUAUAACCCCUACCUGCCCCCAGGCUCUCCCACUAUGUGCAACCCUCCCCUCUCUGGUGCCCCCAUGCCCCUAACACACCUCUAACCCUCACAGACACA